AUAGUCAUCGCAUAAAACAUAAAAACAAUAAUUAUUUAGAUUAGCAACACCCAUCCAGAUCUUAUUUUCUCACUUGACAAGCAAACUCCCUCUCCCUCUCCCUCUCUCUCUCUCUCUCUCCCUCUCUCUCUCUACCUCUCUCACUCUCACUCUCUCAUGGGUAGUAUCAAGCAACCACUUCUAUCUAGCAGAGACGAUGAGCAUCAUUACCCAGGUCAUCCAGAGAGCCCUCCCAUCAGAGCUUUCUUCUUCAUCCUUUGCCGUCAAUGAAAACGACAUCAAACCCAUCUCCGGAGUUCAAGAUUUCAUCAGAGAAUUUGCUGUGGAGUCAAAAAAAGAUUUGGUACCUAGCUGCUCCGGCCAUCUUCACACCCAUUUGCCAAUAUUCGCAGCUCCGAUUCUGAUACUCAUCGGCCAGACAGCCGAGAUAGCAAAUGCGUCCGGGAGAUUCGCGGUGUGGAUGAUUCCACAGCUCUUUGCAUACGCGGUGAACUUCCCGCUCGCCAAGUUUUUACAGGCGCAGAGCAAAUUCAUGGCGAUGGCGGUGAUCGCCGCGGUGGGUGCGGCGGUGGUGCUGAACGCGUCGUGGUGGUUAAUAGUGGCGGCUCAUCUGCUGUAUAUAUUCAGUGGGUCGUGUGGUGGAGCUUGGAGCGGGUUUUCAUGGAAGGCCUUUCAGAACCUCCGGCGAUUUGUUAAGUUGUCCCUUGCAUCUGCUGUAAUGCUCUGGAUACGGUCAGCACCCGUUCCAAGGUUGAGGUUAGCAGUGUGGGACCACCAUCCGAACUCAUCUACUCUUACGAUCCAAUUCAGGGUAGAAGUUUUAUGUAAUACUUCAGUUUCAGUUUUUAUUUACUUUUGACGUUGAACUCUCUGGGUUAUAUUUAGGGAUCCUUGACAUAGGAUUUCCAAGUUGUAAUGAAGUACGGUAUUAAAUAAAGGAU